AUUGAACCGAUUUCCUCGGAGUUUACACACAGUAGGGAAGAAAACACGGCUAAGGAAGUGCUGACAAGCUGAGACGUGCUAGCUAAAAGCAGCUAGUCGCGACAUGCUUCAUAACUAGACCAAACUCCAUGUUUGUUACCACGUAAAUAUGGCACGUGCACCCAUCUCUCCAGUCUGCUUAGCUCAUAAAACACACAACUUCAGAACUACAUAAACUUGAAGCAGGAGAGGGGAAAGCAGACCAGAAGGAUGUCUCCUCCGAGGCUCACGGGAGCUCUUCGUUCCUUCUCCAGCGUCAGCAAGACAGACCAGCCACCUGAGGAGCUCUAUGAUCUGAAGGCCAAGCGUCUGAAGAGACAGGAGCUCUUUGCUAAAGAGGGCCUGACAUGGCAGAAGAUCGUUCGUUUCUGUACUGAGCUCCAGGACAAGGGUGAACAACAAGCUACCAAUCAGGAGCUGAAGAGUCUUCUUAUGGCAGCUAAAAAUAUUGUUGGAUCUGAACAUGGUCAGGAGGCCAUUGAAAGUGCUGCUGCUUUUCUCUUUGAAAUGUUCCACAACAAAGACCAUGUGGGCACAGAAGAGAGCCGGGCCAUCAAGCAGAUGUUUGGGCCUUUUCCAUCAUCUGCAGCUGAAGCUUCCUGCGCCUGUGUGACUCGACUGGUGGCUCCACUCGAUGACUCCAGAGUGGAAGAUUUUAUUAGGACUCAGAAGUCUCUUCACAACCCACAACAGGGUUCUGUGUUUGGACGCAACAUUGCUUUCUGCUAUGAUUGCUACACAUUGGACCCACUGGAUGACCUGCAAAGCUCUGGUGUCUUUGAUGAGAGUGAGCAACUUAUGAACUUUCUAAACAACCAGCAGAGUGGAAAGAAGGUUGCCAGUGAAGAAGAUGCAUCCAGCUGUGGAAGAUCUGUGAACUUUGGUGAUGGAUUCAUCCUUCAAAGUGAAGUGGAAAAAUACUUAGAUAGAGGCAACAUGAUUUCUUCUAACCCAGAGGAGCUGUGCACCUCCCUGUUCGAGAUGCUGACUUCACACAGAAGUGACGAUGAGCUGCAAAAUGAGUUGUUUGAACUCCUGGGACCAGAGGGGCUGGAGAUGAUAUCCACCCUUCUUCAACGAAGGGCAAACAUUGUGGACUCCCUUCUUGCUACCUCAAAUGACAGGUCAAGUUACCAACCAGAUUUAGGCAGAAAGCUUUGUGGUGAAGGGGCCAAGCCAGCUUAUGGGUGUCAGGUGACCAUCCAGUCAGAGAAAGAGAAACAAAUCCUGAAGAUGUAUCGUCGAGAAGAAAAAAAAGAAAAGAAGAGAGUCAAAGGAACUGAUGAUGGCGACAUGUCAGACGUUGUCAUGACUUUUGACCCGAGAGAGAUGAGGACCCAGCGGGAACAAUCUCUCUUGACGGCACGUUGUGAACCUCUUCUAAGCAACAGAAAGGUGUAUGAACAUGUCCGAUAUCCUCACGUGUACGACAGCUAUGCAGAAGCUACAAAGGCACCUGCGUUUAUUGGAGGAGCUAGGAUGCUGCUACCUGAGGGAAUUCGCAGAGAGAACACUAAAAUGUUUGAAGAGGUGGAGAUCCCACCUAGUGAACCAAGGGCCGCUGGCCUGGAAGAGAAGCCUGUUUACAUCUCUGACCUAGAUGAGAUUGGGCAGCUGGUUUUCAAAGGAAUGAAGCGUCUGAACAGGAUCCAGUCUAUAGUGUUUGACACAGCCUACAGCACCAAUGAAAACCUUCUGAUCUGUGCUCCAACUGGUGCUGGCAAGACCAACAUUGCCAUGCUGACUAUCCUUCAUGAGAUUCGUCAGCACCUGCAGCCUGGUGGCAUCAUCAAGAAAGAUGAAUUCAAGAUAGUAUAUGUGGCUCCAAUGAAGGCCUUGGCUGCUGAAAUGACUAAUUACUUCAGUAAACGUCUGGAACCUCUGGGCAUUGCUGUUAAAGAGCUAACUGGAGACAUGCAGCUGAGCAAAGGAGAGAUCCUUCGAACUCAGAUGCUGGUGACGACUCCUGAGAAGUGGGAUGUUGUGACCAGGAAGAGUGUUGGAGAUGUGGCUCUAUCACAGAUUGUGCGCCUGCUUAUCCUGGAUGAAGUUCACCUGCUACAUGAGGAUCGAGGUCCGGUGUUGGAGAGCCUGGUGGCCAGAACCAUCAGACAGGUGGAAUCCACCCAGAGUAUGAUUCGAAUCCUGGGACUGUCAGCCACCUUACCCAACUAUCUGGAUGUGGCCACCUUCCUGCAUGUCAACCCCUAUAUAGGCCUGUUCUUCUUUGACAGUCGCUUCAGACCAGUGCCACUUGGGCAGACCUUCGUUGGCAUCAAAACCACCAACAAGAUUCAACAGAUCCAUGACAUGGAGGAGGUUUGUUAUAACAAGGUCCUGGAGCAGGUUAAAGCAGGUCAUCAGGUUAUGGUGUUUGUGCACGCUCGCAAUGCCACAGUAAGGACAGCCAUGGGGUUGAUAGAAAUGGCCAAGAACCAUGGAGAAGUUGGUUUCUUCCAACCAGACCAGAAUUCAGAUUACAGCCUGUGUGAAAAACAGAUCCAACGCUCCAGAAACAAACAGAUGAAGGAAAUGUUCCCAGAAGGCUUUGGGAUUCAUCAUGCUGGGAUGCUGCGGUCUGAUCGGAGCAUGAUGGAGAGCUUCUUCUCUAAAGGCCACCUCAAAGUUCUGGUCUGCACUGCCACCUUGGCCUGGGGGGUGAAUCUGCCGGCACACGCAGUCAUCAUCAAGGGGACUCAGAUCUAUGACGCUAAGCGUGGUGCCUUUGUGGAUCUGGGCAUCCUGGACGUCAUGCAGAUCUUCGGCCGAGCAGGUCGGCCCCAGUUUGACAGGUUUGGAGAGGGAACCAUCAUCACCACCCACGACAAGCUGAGUCAUUACUUGACCCUGCUGACUCAGCAGAAUCCCAUCGAGAGUCAGUUCCAGAACAGCCUGUGUGACAACCUGAAUGCAGAGAUUGCUCUGGGUACGGUCACCAAUGUGGAGGAGGCCGUCAGGUGGCUCAGUUACACCUACCUGUACGUUCGCAUGAGGGCCAACCCACUGGUGUAUGGGAUCAACCACAGAGCUCUCCAGACGGAUCCAGGGUUAGAGCUCUACAGGAAGGAGCUGGUGGUAGAGUCAGCCCGGAAGCUGGAUAAAGCCAGAAUGAUCCGCUUCGAAGAGCGCACCGGCUACUUCGCUUCCACUGACCUCGGCAGGACGGCCAGUCACUUCUACAUCAGAUAUAACACCAUGGAGACGUUCAAUGAACAUUUCAACUCACAGAGGACAGAAGCGGACAUCCUCACCGUUGUUUCCAAGGCUGAGGAGUUUGAACAGCUCAAAGUUCGUGAGGAGGAGCUAGAGGAACUGGAGCAGUUGCUCUGUAACUACUGUGAGUUACCGGCUGCAGGUGGUGUGGAGAACGGUUAUGGCAAAGUAAACAUUUUACUACAGACAUACAUCAGUCGAGGAGAGGUGGACAGCUUCUCACUCAUCUCAGACCUCUCAUAUGUUGCACAGAAUGCUGCUCGGAUUGUGAGGGCUUUGUUUGAGAUCGCUCUAAGGAAGCGUUGGCCGGCCAUGACCUACAGACUGCUCACCCUCUGCAAGGUGAUUGACAAGCGACUGUGGGGCUACGCUCAUCCUCUCCGCCAGUUCCCCAACCUGAGCCACGUGGUGCUGAAUAGACUGGAGGAGAAGAAGCUGACGGUGGACAAACUGAAGGAAAUGAGGAAGGAUGAGAUUGGUCACAUGUUGCACCAUGUCAACAUCGGGCUGAGUGUCAAACAGUGUGUCCACCAGAUCCCCUCAAUCACAAUGGAGGCUAGCAUCCAACCAAUAACACGCACCGUGCUACGUGUUCGCCUCGUUGUCACGCCUGACUUCCGCUGGAAUGACCAGGUUCAUGGGUCAGUGGGGGAGCCAUGGUGGUUGUGGGUAGAAGACCCCAUCAAUGAUCACAUCUACCACUCUGAGUACUUUCUCCUACAGAAGAAACAGGUGGUGAGUGGAGAGCCGCAGCAUUUGGUCUUCACCAUUCCCAUCUUUGAGCCAUUGCCCUCCCAGUACUACAUUAAGGCGGUGUCUGACCGCUGGCUCGGAGCUGAGGCUGUCUGCAUCAUCAACUUCCAGAACCUGAUUUUACCAGAGAGACACCCGCCUCACACUGAACUCCUGGACCUACAGCCUUUGCCAGUGACCGCUCUGGGGAACCCAGAGUAUGAGAGCCUUUACAAGUUCACUCACUUCAACCCCAUCCAGACUCAGAUCUUUCACACCCUGUACCACACGGACACCAACGUUCUGCUUGGAGCACCAACCGGCUCUGGGAAAACCAUUGCAGCAGAGCUGGCCAUGUUCCGGGUGUUUAACAAGUACCCGUCCGCUAAGGUGGUGUACAUUGCCCCGCUAAAAGCCCUAGUGAGGGAGAGGAUCGAGGACUGGAAGGUCAGGAUUGAGGAGAAACUGGCAAAGAGAGUGGUUGAGCUGACGGGCGACGUGACUCCAGACGUGCGAGCUAUAGCACAGGCUGACCUCAUUGUCACUACACCUGAGAAGUGGGAUGGAGUCAGCAGAAGUUGGCAGAACCGAAGCUACGUUCAGAAGGUGGCCAUCCUCAUCAUCGAUGAGAUCCACCUGCUGGGUGAGGACAGAGGUCCGGUGCUGGAGGUCAUUGUAUCCAGGACUAACUUCAUCUCCUCUCACACAUCAAAGAAGGUUCGAGUUGUUGGGUUGUCCACGGCUCUGGCCAACGCUCGAGAUCUUGCUGAUUGGUUGGGUAUCGGUCAGGUGGGCUUGUUUAACUUCCGCCCGUCUGUUCGCCCGGUCCCACUGGAAGUUCACAUCCAUGGUUUCCCAGGGCAACAUUACUGUCCCCGCAUGGCCAGCAUGAACAAGCCCACCUUCCAAGCAAUACGCAGUCACUCACCGGCCAAGCCAGUGCUGAUUUUUGUUUCAUCGCGAAGACAGACUCGUCUAACCGCCCUGGACCUCAUCGCCUUUCUGGCCACAGAGGACAACCCCAAACAGUGGCUGCACCAGGAUGAAAGAGAGAUAGAGGACAUCAUUGCUACAGUGAGGGACUCUAACUUGAAGCUAACGCUGGCCUUUGGGAUUGGUAUGCAUCACGCAGGCCUUCACGAGAGAGACAGGAAGACUGUGGAGGAGCUGUUUGUGAACUGUAAGAUCCAGGUUCUGAUUGCCACGAGCACUCUGGCCUGGGGGGUGAACUUUCCUGCUCACCUGGUGGUUGUCAAAGGAACUGAAUACUACGAUGGGAAAUCCAGACGCUACGUGGACUAUCCCAUCACAGAUGUCCUGCAGAUGAUGGGGAGAGCUGGUCGUCCCCAGUUCGAUGACCAGGGCAAAGCUGUCAUUCUGGUCCAUGAUAUCAAGAAGGACUUCUACAAGAAGUUUCUCUACGAACCGUUCCCUGUUGAGUCAAGCCUCCUCGCUGUGCUGUCAGACCAUCUGAAUGCUGAGGUUGCAGCUGGAACCAUCUCAUCCAAACAGGACGCCAUGGACUACAUCACUUGGACGUAUUUCUUCAGACGGCUGGUGAUGAACCCCAGUUACUACAGCCUAGAAGACAUCAGCCAUGAGUCCGUGAACAAGUAUCUAUCUAGUUUGGUGGAGAGGAGCUUGCGGGACCUGGAGUGCUCUUACUGCAUUGAGAUUAAAGAGGAUGAUCGAACAGUUGAGCCACUGACGUAUGGUCGCAUUGCCUCCUAUUACUACCUGAAGCAUCAGACCAUCCGCGUGUUCAAGGAACGAAUAAAAGCUGAGCUUCCCAUCCCAGAGCUGCUCUCAAUCCUAACAGAUGCAGAGGAAUAUGCUGAGCUGCCUGUCAGACACAACGAAGACCAGCUCAACAGCCAGAUGGCUCAGCAGCUCCCUCUACAGGUCAACCCUCACUCCUUCGACAGCGCCCAUACCAAAGCCCACCUGCUGCUGCAGGCCCACUUCAGCCACGCCCAGCUCCCCUGCAGUGACUACACCACAGACACCAAGACGGUGCUGGACAACGCCAUUCGGAUCUGCCAGGCUAUGCUGGAUGUGGCUGCCAAUGAGGGGUGGCUAGUUACAGCCAUCAGUAUCUGCAACCUGGUUCAAAUGAUCGUCCAGGGCCGCUGGAUGCACGACUCUUCACUACUGACACUCCCACAUGUAGAACAGCACCACCUCCACCUGUUCAGGAAAUGGGCAAAUCAGAAAACUCUGAGAGAUUCCGGCAGUUUCAGUGGGCCAAUCGAAGGACUUCCUGAGCUACUAGCAGUCUGUGGUGGGAAAGAAAGUGUGUUCACUGCUAUGGUCCGCCCCGAGUUCCAUCCCAGUCAAAUUGUCCAGAUCUGGUCUUUCCUGACUCACCUGCCAGUGUUGGAGGUGCAGAUGAGCCUGAAGGGCUGGUGGGAGCAUAGCCAGGAGCAGACGGAGCGUCCUCUUCCUGCAGCAGGAGAUCACCUGAGAGGGGACAGCAGCUGGUUGGAUGUCCACGCUGACCAGGAGUAUGUGCUGCAUGUGUCUCUACGACGCCUCAGCCAGCAUAAGAGGAAACAGGACAGUAAGGCCCAGGCUCCCAGGUUCCCCAAAGUAAAGGAUGAGGGCUGGUUCCUUGUCUUGGGGGAGGUGGAUCGGAAGGAGCUGCUCGCUGUGAAGCGUGUUGGAUUUGUCCGUAGUCACACAUCAGUGUCCGUGGCCUUCUACACACCUGAGAAGAUUGGAAGGUGCAUCUACACCUUGUACGUGAUGAGUGACAGCUACCUGGGUCUGGACCAGCAGUAUGACAUCUACCUGAAUGUAACAGCUGCCAGCAUCGCAGCGCAGGUCAACACGGAGAUGGUGGACUCCGUGACAGAGCUGUCCUUCAACUAAACCCAGUCAACAAGAGCCUCUGAAGCUCCUGACUCUGUUCUGGCUCAGACGUACCUUUCGGACUGGACCUGCUGUCUGUCUGCCAGCUCCUAAGGAAACUCUUCCAUGUUCCUUUUUCACAGCUUUCUGAGAUACAGCCUGCAAUGUUUGGGUUCCUUCCAUCCUUUUUUCUGAAAGCAGGAAUUAGUCCAUCUGAGUCUUUUUGUGUGAAGUGGUCCACCUCAUUAGAACACAAAUAAAAGUGCUGAGUCAUGUUAAAGCUAGUGCUUAAAGGGGCCUGUUGUCUCUCUGUUUCUGUGUUUUAGAGAUGAACAAUAAGAGCUGCUGCUCAGAUGCAGCCAUCAUCAUUUAUCCAAUCAGAAGCCAGAACCAGCGCUUUGGUAACUCCUACCAUUGAAGUUAAAUGACCUAUAGGCUCAUGAUCGUUUAAACAGGAGAAACCCAGGUACAGUGCAGGCAGCAGGAGGUGGCUACAUAAGCUGAAGGAAAGACUUGGUUGUGAUUCUUCAGCUUGUGUCUAAACAGGUUCAGGACCAGAACAGACCUGUGGGUCAGAGUUCUGAAGAAACCUGAUGUCUUCAUUGUUCUGCAUCCCUUCCAGUACGUUUAAGGUUAGCCAUUUAUAUCACAGCAGAACAACAGAUAUGUCAGUGACAGACAACAGCUUUGUUGACCCUUGAAAGUGCCUCUUCAGUGACUCAGCUGUUCCACUCAGCUUGGAUCAGUCCUGACUGUCUGAUUAUUCUGAGUUCCAGAAGAGCUACACCUUCACACCAGAGGGAGGUUGUGAAAGGGGUCUUCAUCCAUGGGUGGAGGCAGGAAGACGAUGUUAAACAGAGUUUCUUAACUUUCAUUUUGUUCAAUAAAACUUGACUCUGUGUGAA